AUGUACGGGCAUGCGAUUGCCCGACUUUCUCUACGUUCACGUAAAUUAUUGCCCUUAAGCGUCGGCUACAAUCGACUCUUUCCUGCUAAAGCUGGAGGCAAGUCUGCGCCAAUCGAUAAGCCGAUAUGCAUGCAGCUGCUGAACUCAACUCUUUCUGAGCACACCGAUUGGACUCGUCACACGACGUCGCGUCAAUUUAACAACACAUUCUCGUUUCGCAAUAGGCAAACGUACGAGAAUAUCUGA